AUGAGUAAUUAUAUGAGGUCUAUGAUAUUUAAAAAGGUUAUAAAACCGCUGCAAAAUAUAGACAAUGCAUAUCAACAUAAAAUUAUGUCUAAUUUAAAUGUCAAAUUUAAUAGCAUAGGUGGUAUAUAUUCUUUUGAAUUACUUUUAAAAUCGAAUGAUUAUGAUAUAACAAAUGAAGUUGAAAGCAUUAUAAAAAAUGAUGUAAGAGACACUUUUGAUAAUAUUACAGUAAAAGAUAAUACUGUAUAUUUUGGUAUACAAAGAGAUAAAUAUGUGAAAAAAAUUUUAGAAAAUAAUUUGGUUGGAGUAACACCACCAUUACUUGUAGACAAUAGUAAAAAUAUUAUAAUAGAAUUUAGUUCACCAAAUAUUGCAAAACCUUUUCAUUUAGGGCAUUUGCGUUCUACGGUCAUAGGAAACUGUAUUUCUAAUGUAAAUACUUUUCUACAAAAUGAAGUUACAAAAGUAAAUUAUUUAGGAGAUUGGGGUACACAAUUUGGUUAUAUUCAGUUAGGAAUAGAAAUGUCAAAUACUGAUAAUAUGGAACUGCAAACAGAUCCUAUUAAAACAUUGUAUAAAGUUUAUGUUGAAGCUAAUAAGUUAGCUACAUGUAACCCAGAAAUACAUGAACGUGCUAAAGAAAUAUUUAAGAACUUAGAAUUAGGAGAUAGUGUGAAUUAUAAUAAUUGGAAAACAAUUAAGAAUUUUACUGCUGUAGAAUUAGAAAAAACUUAUAAAAGAAUAGGUGUAGUUUUUGAUAAGUAUGAUUGGGAGUCUCUAUAUACUAGUAAAAACAUAAAUAAAAUGAUUAAUUUAAUGGAAGAAAUGCAAUUAUUAACAUUAGAUGAUGUUAACAGAAAAGUAGUAUCUGUUAGUGAAGAGAGAAGUAUUCCAAUUAUAAAAAGUGAUGGUACAACUUUAUACCUAACUAGAGAUAUUGCUGCAGCUAUUGAUAGAUUUGAGAAAAACAAAUUUGAUGCUAUGUACUAUGUUGUGGAUUAUAGUCAAUCAGAUCAUUUUUCUAAUUUGAUUACAAUUUUAAAUAAAAUGAAACUACCUUGGGUAGACAGAUUAAAACAUGUCAAGUUUGGAAGAGUACAUGGUAUGAGUACAAGAAAAGGUACAGCAGUAUUUUUAGAAGACAUUUUAAAUGAAGCAAAAGAAAAAAUGAAACAAAGACAAUUAGCAACAAAGACAACUAAAAUUCCUUUAAAUGAAAUGGAUGUGAUUUCUGAUAUUUUGGGAGUUUCUGGUAUAAUUAUUCACAACUUGAAACAAAAUAGAAUGCAUAAUUAUGAAUUCAAUUGGAACACAAUGCUUGAUUUAAAAGGUGAUACUGGAAUAAAAUUGCAAUAUACUCAUUGCCGCUUAUGCAGUUUAAAAGAGCUAUCUGGUGCUACAUUAGUAGGAGAAUGCGAUCCAAGUCUUUUAAAGGAAUUACAAGUGGAUACUUUAAUUACAUUAAUCAGUCAAUUUGAUGAAGUAGUACUUAAAUGCUAUGAAGAAUUAGAACCAUGUACAUUAACAAUAUAUCUUUUUCAUUUAAGUAAGGCAAUUAAUUUAGCCUUCAAGAAUUUGCGAAUAAAAGGUGAAUCAAAUGACUUAGGAAAUCAAAGAUUACUAUUAUUUCAUGUAGCAAAAAUAACACUUGCUCAAGGUAUGAAAUUACUUGGUUUAACACCCUUGGAAAAAAUGUAA